AAAUAUAUCGAUGUCUAUAUCAUUCCAUCUCGUCAACAAUGUGUUGAAUUGGUAUUAUUGCACGAACAUUAACGUUUAGUUACUGAACUGUUAUAAAUAAAGUUAAUAAUGUGUAAUAAUCCUAAUUAUUAAAACAAUAUAUAUUAUUUGGAAAUUCCUAAAUGCUGAAGUUUUCUGUCACAAUUGCAAUAAUUUUAUUGACUUCAUAACCUAUAAUUUCGCAUGUUUUGAUUGAUAGUCAAGGGUGAAGAAUCGUCUGCUGCUGUACCAGAUACUUCUGUAGAAUAUUAUUCUUUAAAAGAUGACGGGCAACAAGUGCAAAAGUUGUGGCUCGUCAGAGUUGGAGGUGGAUCCAGCUCGUGGUGACACAGUGUGUACCAACUGUGGUACAGUGCUUGAGGACAGUGUGAUUGUGUCAGAGCUACAGUUCGAGGAGAAUGCACACGGCGGCAGCUCGGCUCUGGGGCAGUUUGUGGCCUCCGACUCCAAAGGAGGAUGCAGGGGGUUUGGAAGCAACUUCCACACUGGAAUGACAAAGGAGUCAAGAGAAAUAACUCUUCAAAAUGCCAAAAGAGGAAUAACAAAUCUGUGCCAACAAUUAAGGUUGAACCAGCACUGUACAGAUACCGCCUACAAUUUCUACAAGCUGGCCCUGACGCGGGGCUUGACCAGAGGACGGAAGAACCCUCUCGUUCUGGCAGCCUGCGUCUACAUCACAUGUCGAAUAGAAGGCACACCUCAUCUGUUAAUCGACUUCAGUGAAGUUCUGCAGAUAUGCGCGUACGAGCUGGGCAAGACAUACCUGCGGCUAUCACAGGCUCUCUGCAUCAAGAUACCUUCAAUGGAUCCGUGCCUGUAUGUGCUGCGUUAUGCGAACAAGCUGGAAUUCGGUGACAAGACGCAUGAGGUAGCCAUGACUGCGCUGAGACUUGUGCAGAGAAUGAAGAAGGACUCUCUGCACUCGGGUCGUCAUCCGUCUGGGUUGUGCGGUGCAGCACUACUGAUGGCGGCUAGGCUUCACGACUUCAACCGUAAUGUGAACAACAUUAUAAGGAUAGUGAAUGUUCAUGAGACUACUUUGAAAAAGAGACUUAUGGAGUUUGGAGACACUCUGACAAGCAAAUUGACAUUGGAAGAGUUUCUGAGCGUGGACCUAGAAGAAGAGCAAGACCCUCCUUCCUAUAAAGCUGCUCGCUUGAAGGAUAGCGAGCGUCUCAAUAAGUUAAUGGAAGACGAGAAAAGUGAGCAGCAGUUGACUGAUCUGCAGUGGCAGAUAGAGAAGCAACUCAAUGCCAGACAGAAAAACAAACGAAAGAGGAAAAACGACUGUGAUGAAAGCAUUACUUCUGAUAUUAUGAGUGAUUCUGUGGCUUCAAGUGAAGAUGCUGAGGAACAGGACACUAACAGGUUCCUCCUGCAAUCAACAAUGGGAGUUGUCCAAGAGUACAUAAGUAAUGGAGAAGUUCCCGCUUCUGAACCCCUCCCUACUGGCUUAGGACCGAGCAUAGAAUGCAUGGGCCUGGACCGGGACGACUCAGCCGCGGCGGCCAAGCAAGCAACGGCGUCGCUAGGGGACGCAACCGCACCCGACGCUGCGGCGUCGGAUGAACUAGAUCUAGAAGGCAUCGAUGACGACGAAAUAGAUGCCUACAUCAUGAGCGAAGAGGACGCAAGAAACAAGCACCGACUCUGGCUCGACACUAACGCGCCCUAUCUCAAGGAACAAAAAGAAAAAGAAGAAAGACUCGCCAAAGAACGUGAAGAAGGUAAACCGGAAAAGAAGAAGAGGAAAGCUACGUCAAGGAAGAGUAAAAGUAUUGGACCUUCAAGCUCAGCAGGUGAAGCAAUCAAGAAAAUGCUCCAAGAGAAGAAAAUUUCUACGAAAAUCAACUACGACGUAUUGAAAACGCUGAAUGUGCCUUUGGAUAGUGAAGAGAAGAGUUCCGCUGCAGAAUCUGUUACUCCCAAGCAGGAAACUUUUGCUAUUCCAAGUACACCCAAGAUAAAAUCACCCAAGGCUAAAGUCAAUGUGGCUAGGAACGUCAAGAAAGAGAUGCUGCAACAACAAAAAAUACCUGAUUUGAUCGAAGUACAAGAGGAGAUGGAAAGCAAGAAAGCCAAAGAAGCGGAAGUGCGAGCCGAAUAUAUCCCGGCAGAUCUGGAGGACUAUGAUGAGGAAGAGGAGGAGGUUGAAGUGGAGACUGAAGGACAAAUGUCUCUGGCACAAAUGCUGAAUCAGCAUCGCGAUGAUGAUGAGUACUAUGGUUAUGAUGAUGAUGACUAUUAAAUCAGUCAAUCAAUCAUCAUCGUUCAACCAUCGUUCUAUCAUCGUCAUCGUUCAACCUAGAUAUAGUUCGUUUAUUUAUUCCUUCAUCGCCGGCAUUUUAGAUAAUUCAUUUUCAGACUGAUUUUAGAUUAAUUUUAGGAAUAGAAGUUGAGCUUUCAAAGCUGUUGGUAUAAUCAAUGUGAUUUUAUAAUAUUGUUAUCAUUCACUUGAUCUAUGAUAGAGAUACCGUAAAUUUAGUGGAAAAUCAAAUUAUUAAUCGUAUAAAAUUGAACAACUAUCACCGACAUUUUGAAUGAUUCCAGGCUGAAUUAGAUCAGUUUCUGAAAUAAAAUUUUAGCUUCCUAAGCAGCCAUGACAUCAUGUUUUCAUUAUUUUAAUAUUGUACUUGCUGUUUUUUACUUGCUUUAUGGUAAAUCAUGUAAAAAUCACAAGUUUUGACGGAGCUAUGGUGUAUCAAGUGAAAUAUCACAAGUUAUUCAUAUUUUGUUAUUAAUUUGAAUUUAAUUUCUAUGGUUUCCUGUUAUUCUCCUUUAUUCUACUCAUAAUUUUCUCAUGUUUGAGCCUGUUCCCAUCUCAUCUCUUCAUAGAUUGUUCCAAUAAACCUGUAUUCUAGGUUCUUUGCAUUGUUCUUAUUGGAAUAAUAAACAUGUUUUAUUAUGCAUCUAGGACUCACAAAAUUUAUGACUCAAAUUUUUAUUUAAUCAAAUUCAAAUGUCCUACCAGGAAGAGAGAAAGAACAUGUACAAGUACUUCUUUUUGCUUUUUCUAUAGUCAUAUUUCAAAAACCUUUUUGGGUUUUUUUCUCAAAAUAAAUUUUUCUCAGUUCAGAGUUCCGACAGUUAUAAUAAUAAUGUUAUAAUAUCAGAUACGGUUAGAAAUAAUUCUGUACUGAACGAUUUGACUUAGCUGGUUUGAUUGACUUAGCACUUUUUGAUUGUAGUUUGAUUAGAUCAUAUUUCUAUGAUCAAUUUUGUUAGAUCAUAAUAUACUAUAUUAUUUCUUGAUCGGAAAUAAAUUAUGUUCUUCCCUGCUCUCAAUUUUUGUUUAUUCUAUUCGCUUUUCGAAUACAUUUUUAUUUUCAGAGUUUUUACUGAGGAAGGAAGGGGUUUAGACAUUUCUUUGAUCUAGAUUCUUAUUUUGUAAAUCUAGACUUCAGUUCUAAAAUUCAAUUUAAUGUAGUUGAAAUGAAUUGAUUCUCCUCUUUUUUAUUGAUUGAUUUAUACAAUAAGUACACCAUCAAAAUAAUUAAAUGUAGUCUGAAAAUAAAAUGAAUUGAGAAUUUACGGUAACAAUUCUUAUACAUGAAUAUUUAUUUAUUUAUUAGGUUAGCACAGACUAUACAAUGAUCGGAAAAGAAAAAACAGGCUAUUGCCCAAAACUUCUUCAAUUUCCUAAUCUAGUUUCAAAUUGUCCAAAUAUUAUACAUAGGUUAUGUAUUAUAUUAUUAUAUAUUAUUGUUAACAUAUACAUUAUGGACUCAAUUAAGAAUAUGGGUUAUAACUAUUCUAAUUUAUUGAAGUACCGUAAUUUUUACUGUGGUUUAUUAGAUAAUUUAUUAAGAACUAUUUUAUUAGAUCACAUGUCAUUAUCAUCAUCAUCAUCAUCAUCACCAUCUUUUAGAUCACAAGAAAAUACAUUAUUUCUAUCAAUUUUUUAACUGUAGAUUUGGCCGCAUUCUCUUUUUAGAUACUUGAGUUUAUAAAUACUUGUAAAUUUGUUAUAAUUGUUACAAUUAGUAGGUAUUUUAAACAUAAAUUAGGUGUAUUGUAUCAUUCACAUUAUUUAUUCUUGUAUAUUACUUCUAGAUGUUAAGCUUUUUAUGAAAUCAUUUCAACAGUUAAAUUGAGAAAUUGAAUUUUGUUCAUAGAUUAAUGAGUAUUAUAAUUAAUUAUGUCGCAUUUAAAAUACUCUUUUAGAAACUUCUGUAAUACAUUAUACACUUCAGGUAUAUAAUCAUAAUAUCGAGUGACCUGGCUGGCUCAGGUCUGGUGUCAGAGUUUUCAGGUCGCAACUGAUCAAUUUCAGGGCCUCUGACAUGACCUAACGACUGCUUUUUAGGUAAUAAUUAUUACACUUCAGGUAAUAAUAUUAUGAAAAUAUUUUUGUGAUAUUUAUAAAAGUGGUUUCAUAACAUCAUUUGGACUAUUUUUAUCAAAAUUAGGAAGAGAAACUGUUUUGGGUUUAUCCUGUUGAUUCUCUCCCAAUCAUAUUAAUUUGAUAUUGUGAUUGUGGAAUUUAAUGAAUAAAUGAAUUAAUAAUAUUGCUUGAAGUAAAUUGUUUGGUAAUACCAAACAAUAAUUGGAAUUACCAGUUUGGUAUGGAACCAAAAAUAGACUCCUGAAUGAAGUAUAUGAUUAUGGUUUUAUCUAUUGUUUUUAUCCAUAUAAUGAAUGAUAAAUCUGAUUAUAUGAUAAAAUACAAUAAUUUAUUUUAAUCUGGCUCUUGAAUUGACAAGGCUUACUUUCUAUCAAACUUUACAAUGAAAUAUUAAUAAUAUUUCUGGUAACACGUUUUGUAAAAAAUACGUUCGACUCUCAAAUUCAAAUAAAUUUAAGUAGCAUGACAUGAGUAAUGAAAUAUUGAAAAUAAUGAUUUUCAAAUUGUUGUACAUACAUUUUGUAUAAAAGAUUGACUCUCAAAUUCAAAUAAAUUUAAGUAGCAUAACAUGGGUAAUAACGUAUUAUUCAAAAUAAUGAUUUUCAAAUUGUUGUACAUACAUUUUGUAUAAUUAUAAUUUAUUAUGAACUUGGAAAUACAUAUUGUAAAAAAACUAAUAUUGCUGUAACAUUUUAAAUAUCUUACAACUAACAUCACAUUAGAAUUUAGAGCUUAUUUAUAGUAUCAAAUAAGACAAUAACUGAAACUUGAAAUCAUUGGUUCAUCAAAUAUCACUUGGACUACAGUACCGUAUAUGUGUAUUUGUUUGUGUAUUUAACUAUUUAUUUGUGUACUGUCCCGACAACUGAAGUUUAUAUUCUAACUCAGAAAAAAUUAUAAUACAGUUUAAGUUUGGCAUUAGUUUAUCACAAGGAAUUUGAAAUAGGCUACAGUAAUUUAAUGAUUAUUCAUAUUUUAGUUUUUCUACAUAUAAUUUUUAUUUUGAGUCACUUUAAUCUUUAUAAAAUAAUCUGGGUUGUGUACCUUGCGCUGAGAAUUUAUUGAGUGUUUUCCCCCACAUAUUUAUGUAUUCAGGAUGUCGUUGUAUUUUGUAGAUUAUCCACCAUUCCAUCUCUUAUUUUUAAUUUUGCAAUUGCAAGGGUCAACAUUUCUGUCACUCGUUUGAUUGUUAUUCAAAUCAUCAUGCUAAAUUUCAUAAUUAUUUGUAGAAAACUCAUUGCUUCCUUUCUUACUUUGGUUAGUUAUUUAGUUUAUUUAUGUAUUCAUUUAUUUAUAUAUUGAUUCAUACAAUAUCAUUCUCAAUUAUGAAUGAUUGGGAAAGGAACAACAGGCUCAAAGCCCAAAACUGUUCCUUUCCCAAAUUAGCUAGUUUAGUUUAGUUAGUUAGCUUAAUUAGUUAGUUAUUCGACUUCAGGUGAUAUAACUGAGUAUAAAUGAUUGUAAUAGAAUAGAAGAAAAUUCGAUUGGACCAAUUAAAGAAAACCUCAAGGAAAAUUUGAAGAGGUUGUUUCACAAGGAGCAAAGGAUUGAUGAAUUUAUUGAUGUAGGCCUAGUAUUGAUUGACGAAACAAACAAUGAACUGUCUCCAUCAACUUCCUAGAUAUCAACAUAAUCCUUUCUGAUUCCAGUGGUUUUACCAAGUCCAGCCACACUCAACAGUUCCCUACUUUGAUCCCUACCAAAUCAAAAUAUCCCUCCCACAUUCCCUCUCAAUUCGUGACCAGUACCUCGAAAAACCCUCCUGAAAAGUUAUCCCUGAAAGAAAUUUCCUACACUUUGAUCCCUACCAAAUCAAAAUAUCCCUCCCACAUUUCUCUCAAUUCGUGACCAGUACCUCGAAAAACCCUCCUGAAAAGUUAUCCCUGAAAGAAAUUUCCUACACUUUGAUCCCUACCAAAUCAAAAUAUCCCUCCCACAUUUCCUCUCAAUUCGUGACCAGUACCUCGAAAAACCCUCCUGAAAAGUUAUCCCUGAAAGAAAUUUCCUACACUUUGAUCCCUACCAAAUCAAAAUAUCCCUCCCACAUUUCCUCUCAAUUCGUGACCAGUACCUCGAAAAACCCUCCUGAAAAGUUAUCCCUGAAAGAAAUUUCCUACACUUUGAUCCCUACCAAAUCAAAAUAUCCCUCCCACAUUUCCUCUCAAUUCGUGACCAGUACCUCGAAAAACCCUCCUGAAAAGUUAUCCCUGAAAGAAAUUUCCUCCAACAGAUACAGUAGUCCCAACUCAAACAAUUCCCUUAUCCUUUAAGCUCCAAAACUGUACCACCUAUUGAAAACCUUAAACCUGUCCUUAAAGAACUGUUCCAUUGUCUCUUCCAACCCCUCUACGAAACUCCUCUUCGGAGACGCUCGAAAUGAUAGCCGCGAAAUCAACUACUUUGUCGCAAAUGUCAAUGCUGCAUUAAUGUUAAUUAAAUUCAGAAUCAAUGAUCAUCAGUCGUUUGCAAUGGGAUACGAGCUGACGGGUGAGAAAAAGCCGAAUAUAUGAGAACGAAGGAGUACAGAGAUGAUUGAGUCAGUAAUCUUUGAACUUACAAAUAAAAAAAAAAUUAUGCAUGAGUGUUUUACAAUUGGAAGAAGCGUAGUGGGGAGUCCGAUCCCAAAAGAUGCCAAAUUAUCACUUGAUAGCCUAAUAAUAAGAAAUAAGGAUAUUGGAAGGAAUAAUUACUCAAUCAAUCAUUAUGAAAUCAUUCUCAAUCUCACUGUCUGAUUCAAAAUAUGACUCAAUUAUUCUGAUGGAUAACAACUCAGGUCUUUCUAUUUUGUUAUAAAUCGACCGCUCCCGCUUUGGGGAGUGAAUAAAACGCCCAACGUGCGGGAGUUGGUUAUAGACCUUAUAGAGAGAGAUAGUUAUAGUUAUAGACGUGAUGAGAUAGAAAGAGACGGAGAUAGUUUAGUUAUAGACGUGAGGAGAUAGUUAGCCAAUGCACUGCUUCCUUUGUUGAAGAGAAAAGAGAGGCAAUAUUUUUGGAUAAUAUUUUUUUGUUCUGCUAGCAAAGAGUUAUUUAUAAUACAAAAAAUAUGUGAUUGCAAACAGCUAAAAACCCAAAAAUUGUCUUCUUAACUCAAGUUACACAAUCCAGAUAAUGUUAUUACAAUACUGCGGUUUGAAAUAAAAACACCAUAUUUUAAACCGCUAGAAAUACUACCACCUCAUCACCACAACUACACAAAUACCGUACAGUUUUCACUUCCAGAUAUGCACACAGUAGUCUGAUUACUAGAAAAGAUCUUGAAAUGCUAGGGAACAUUACUCAUCUGUUGAUUGGCCACUUUUGAUACACUCUUAUGAUACAGUGAGACGUCACCUAUUCAGAGAUGAACAGCAUAAACUUAAGCCUUUAAUUGAAAUAAUAAUUAUUACUAACUUUCAUUUUUAGGGUACUGAAAUUACAAACCAUACAUCAGACAGUCUACAUCAUCCUGAAUCUCUUUACAAUAUAUAGUGUAGUUCAUUUGUUAAGCUUUAUCAAGCUGUAUAUCUAUUCAAUUAUCAUUUAUUCAUUGUAUUUUUGGUAUAUAAGUAUGGUUAAGUAAUUAAUUUGUAAUGUAAUAUAAUUUUAUCAACAUAUUUUUAAAUUUUUAAACUAGUAUUGUUUAUUGAUGUAUUUUUAGAAUAUAAGUAUGAGAAAUUAAUUUAGCAUUCA